AUGAAAACCCCUCGUAAUUUACUUUUUGGCGCCUUGAGUUUGAGCUUCUCCAGCAAGCUUCAUUUGUCCUCCCAUGUUCUUGCUCCUCUCGUUCUCUGCCGCAUCUGGUUCUCACAUGACACACCAACAAUGGUUUUCCAUACUAAAUUCUCACUUCAAUCUUUCCUCAAACAAGUUCAUAAACUCACACAAACCCAAAGAAACUCCAUCACCCAAGUGGGAUUCGGCCAUUUACUCCAAAUUCCAUCUCAUGUCCUAAGAAGAACCCAAUUAAUCGAAUUAAUGGAAACAUGGAACAAUGAAAGACAAUCUUUUAUAUUCCCUCCUGGAGACAUAACAAUAACCCUCUUAGAUGUAGUUUUAAUCUUAGGACUCCGUGUUAUUGGUCAACCUGUAAUCCUAAAAGAAGACACACCAUUAACAACCCUUGAGUUAGAAUUCGGUGCUUCUAUUCAAAACCGGUUUAUUACCGUUGAUUCACUUAAAGAUAGGCUUGAGAGUCUUGGUGAGAGGGCAGAUUCGUCUUUUGUUCGUGUGUUUUUGUUGUAUUGUUUUGGAACUUUGCUUUUUACAAGUGGAAAUGGGAAGGUGGAUUCGAGGUAUCUUUUGUUUCUUGAAGAUUUGGAUUAUGUGAGUAGUUUUGCUUGGGGUGCAGCUGUUAGAGAAGAUCUUCAUGAGUGUUUAACACAAUGGAAAAGUAAAAGAACAAAUAGUGUUAGAGGGUGUCUUAUUCUUCUUCAAAUAUGGAGCUACGAACAUAUUGUUAUCGGAAGGCCUAAAUUACUAGAUUGCCUCUCCACGUUUCCCCGUGUAUGCCGAUGGGAAAGCAGUGGUAGGCAAUACCUUCCUAUCAAAUUUGAAGAAUUAGACCAUACUCAGAUAUUAAGGAUUCUUGAACCAACUUCGGAGGAGAUUCAAAUUGAUAUAGUUAAGGAGAUCCCACAAGAAUGGUAUUUAAGAAGUGAAAUUGGAACAAUGGAGGAGCCGAUUAAUAUAGAAAGUGAAAGAUGUAUGAAAAUGGUGCGAGUGUACAAUUUAGAACAAAAAGAAGAAGAAGAAGAAGAAGAACCAAUGAUGCAACAAAAAUCUACCAUUUUUGUUCUAAGCGAUGAUGAUGAUUCAAAUUCAAUGAAGGAUCUAAAAGAAGAAGUUCUUGAAUUGAAGGCGAUUGUAGAGGAGCAAAAUAAAGAAAAGGAAGUUAUGAAGAAGGAGAUUGAAGAAUUGAGAAUAUUAGUAGAAAAACUACAAAGUGAUAUUAUGUUGAAGGAAAAUUCUAUUUCAGAUAUGAAGAAUAAGAUUGAAGAAUCGAAGAUAUUGGUUGAAAAACUACAAAGUGAAGAAAUGUUGGAGAAUUCUAUUUUAGAGUUGGAAAGAAUUGUAUCAGAAUAUGAGUUUGAUUUAUAGGCAAGUGUUGCUUCAAAGAGAAGGUUAUUGUACAAGUUAUAGUUAACGUUAGGACAUUUAAGUGUAUUGAUUGAC